AUGAAUUCAAUUCCACUUAAUAAGGGACUUGCUACUAGAGUUAAUUUAAGAAGAAGAAUCGUGGAUAUUACUACGGUUAUGUGCUCUUUCUGCGACGAGUAUGAAAAAUCUGUGGAUCAUUUAUUCACGGCUUGUUCGGUGGCUAUUCGGGUGUGGGCGGCCGUCAGUGCGUGGUGCAACAUCCCCCCGAUCUUCGCUUUUGAAUUCAAGGAUUUACUGGAUAUUCAUAAUUCUCUUCAGAUGGGUAAGAAAGCGAAAAAGUUAAUUCUUGGGUUGGUGAUUAUUUCGUGUUGGUGCAUUUGGAAAUGUAGGAACGAGUUGGUUUUCAAGCAGAGCAGGAGAAGUCUGCAAGAUAUUUUGGCUGAGAUUAAGUCUAGAGGAUUUGGAUGGGUUAAAAAUAGAUCUUCUUGUAAAAAUAUUAGUUGGAAAGAGCGGUGUAAGUAUCCUAUGUAUAUGUUGUAA